CCCCAACCCUGGGCGGCCAAAAAAGGAAGUCUUAAAUCCAGCCUUUCCACCGCAGCCAGAGCUGGGGGUGUGGGGAGGGCAGGACGCAGAGAAAAACUUUCUUCUAAAAUUUUUCUUUCAGAAAGCGGAGGGGCAGCGAGAAUCCCGCGUGGGACCCUCUGCAGGCUCCGUACUCCAAGGGCCGUACCAAGACGAAGGGGGUGGAGAAAAGGCAACUGGGUCUCGUGUAAGUCGAGUGGUUAAGGGGUCAGGAAGAACCACCCGGAGUAUUGGUCCUGCCGGAGGAACUCCCACACGGGGAGAGGCUCGUGAGGGGAGUGGGCAUUACGCAGGGAGCGAGUGCCGGUAUCCGGCUCAUAGGCUGCGCAGGCUCCUUCCAGCCUCCUGCGGCCUCCUACGCGGUGGAAAGCCAGGGCUUCGGCGCACGCGCAGUGAGGUUCCACGUGAGCGCUUGCGUUCCUUCUCAAGCCGAGAGAUGCCGCCGGAUCGGAGGAGCCGAAUGAGACUGGACCGACGAGCCAGAGCGAGACCAGCCCGGAAGACCCAAACGAAGCUGGACCGGAGAGCCGGAGUGGGGCCAGGCGGGCGGGCCCGAAAGUCUGCUCUUUCGUCCCAGCGGAAACCACCGGCCCCAUGGCGGGCAGCGGCCGCUGCGAUGGCAGUAGCGGCGGAGGAGGAGAGACGGCUCCGGCAGCGGAACCGCCUGACGCUGGAGGAGGACAAGCCGGCUGUGGAGCGGUGUCUGGAGGAGCUGGUCUUCGGCGACGUCGAGGAAGACGAGGACGCGCUGCUGCGGCGUCUGCAGGGCCCGCGGGUUCAAGUACGGGAAGACUCAGGUGACUCAGAAGUGGAGAAUGAAGCAAAAGAUGAUUUUCCACCUCAAAAGAAGCCAGUUUGGCUGGAUGAAGAAGAUGAAGACGAGGAGAUGAUUGACAUGAUGAACAAUCGUUUUCGGAAAGAUAUGAUGAAAAAUGCUACUGAAAGUAAACUUUCAAAAGACGAGCUACAAAAGAGACUUAAAGAAGAAUUCCAGCAUGCCAUGGGGGGUGUACCUGCCUGGGCAGAGACCAAUAAACGGAAAACAUCUUCAGAUGAUGAAAGUGAAGAGGAUGAAGAUGAUUUGUUGCAAAGGACUGGGAAUUUCCUAUCCACAUCAGCCACUCUUCCUAAAGGCAUCUUAAAGAUGAAGAACUGCCAACACGCUAACGCUGAACGUCCUACCACUGCUCGGGUCUCGUCUGUGCAGUUCCAUCCCUGUGCACAGGUUGUGAUGGUCGCUGGACUAGAUAACGCUGUAUCACUCUUUCAGGUUGAUGGAAAAACAAAUCCUAAAAUUCAGAGCAUCUAUUUGGAAAAGUUUCCAAUCUUUAAGGCUUGUUUCAGUGCUAAUGGAGAAGAGGUUUUAGCCACGAGCACUCACAGCAAAGUUCUUUAUGUCUAUGAUAUGCUGGCUGGAAAGCUAAUUCCUGUGCAUCAAGUAAGAGGUUUGAAGGAGAAGAUAGUGAGGAGCUUUGAAGUCUCCCCAGAUGGGUCCUUCUUGCUUAUAAAUGGUGUUGCUGGAUAUUUACAUUUGUUGUCAAUGAAGACUAAAGAACUAAUUGGUAGCAUGAAAAUUAAUGGAAGGAUUGCAGCAUCCACAUUCUCUUCAGACAGUAAGAAAGUAUAUGCCUCUUCAGGGGAUGGGGAAGUUUAUGUUUGGGAUGUGAACUCUAGGAAGUGCCUUAACAGAUUUGUUGAUGAAGGCAGUUUAUAUGGAUUAAGCAUUGCCACAUCUAGGAAUGGACAGUAUGUGGCUUGUGGUUCCAAUUGCGGAGUGGUAAACAUAUACAGUCAAGAUUCUUGUCUCCAAGAAACAAACCCAAAGCCGAUAAAAGCUAUAAUGAACUUGGUUACAGGUGUUACGUCUCUGACCUUCAAUCCUACUACAGAAAUCUUGGCAAUUGCUUCAGAAAAAAUGAAAGAAGCAGUCAGAUUGGUCCACCUUCCUUCCUGUACAGUAUUUUCAAACUUCCCAGUUAAAAAGAAGAAUAUUUCUCUUGUUCAUACCAUGGAUUUUUCUCCCAGAAGUGGAUAUUUUGCCUUGGGGAAUGAAAAGGGCAAAGCCCUGAUGUAUAGGUUGCAUCAUUACUCAGACUUUUAAAGAGAUUAUUUGAAAUCGACUUGAGCCGCAAGAGAAGCUGGUCCUGAUAAAUCUUCUCAGAAACUUCCCUGAAUGCGUGAUAAUAUAUGGAUAAUGAUGUAUUGAGCCAGCUAUGCAUAUUUAAGUUAAGAGAAAUGUUUUAAUAAACCCGUAGCAACUUUUGUUUGAAA